AUGGCCGAAGCCGAUGGAGUAGGCUCCGGGCCCAGUGCACCACGCUCGAGGACCACAGGCCUCCAGCGACGUGUCAUCGUCCGAUCCGCCUUGAUCUUUGCUUGGGCCUUCUUCCUGUACAUCUUCAACUUUGGGGUUCUCUGGUACAUUGGCCUUUGCUUCAUGCUGGCUUUCCACUUUUACCGCGAAUUCGUGCUUUAUGAGAAGCAACGCAAUGCCAUUGCUCAGCGCCAAUUCCUCUAUGCCGAGGAUUUUCUCAAGAUCAUGGGCGACUAUCCCUCUUGGGUCAACUUUUCAGAGGACGAACGCACCACGUUCAUCAACACUGCCCUUCAGCAGCUCUGGCCCAAUGCAAAAAAGGCCACGGAAGACACGGUGCAAAACAGCUGCACGGCCAUUUUUGCUCAAAUCAAGCCGAGUUUCCUCUCAACCUUUGGCUUUGAGACCUUUGACCUUGGCAAUGACCCCCCGGAGAUUACCACCGUCAAUGUCGUUCAAUGGCACAAGGAUGCCGUAGCUAUCGACCUCGGCAUUCGCAUGGCCAACGGUGAGAAUGAUGUUGUCCUGUCCAUUGGAGCUGGCAAAGUCAAUGUCUCUGUCAAGGUCCAAAACUUGGAAGUGCAAGGCACCAUCCGUGUGCUGCUCGCCCCUCUGAUCGACAACGUCACCCCCUUUGAGGCGCUCUCUGUUUCCAUCAUUGACAAACUGGACUUACAUUACAAACUUGCUGUGACUCACGCGUGUCCAAUCACAAUAGCCGUCGCACUUCCCCUGAGCGCCAUCCCUGGUCUUGAAAAGUUUCUGAACAAGUUUAUCAAUGACAUCCUCACGACCAGCCUCGUGUGGCCGCGCAAGGUUGUCGUGCCCAUGUUGACUUUGGAUCCAUACCCGGAUAGCCUGAGCUGGUUGUUCACCUCCGUUUGCUCGGAUGGCCUGCUUCACGUGACGGUGGUUCGAGCGCAAGGCCUCUCCAAGAUGGAUGUCUCCUCAAGUGAUCCCUACGUCAAGCUCUCCAUUCGGGGCGAUGACGUCGUGAAGACCAAGGUCCAAAAGAAGACGACCGAUCCUCACUGGGACGAAAGUUUUGAACUCUCCGUCUACGAUGUGGCUACUCAGAGUCUGCACGUGCAAAUCUAUGACUACGAUAAGCUAGAUCACGAUGACCCAAUGGGCUUUUGCGACAUCCCCAUCAGCCGUCUGACCCCCAACAAGCAAAUCUUCAUCACCAAAACCCUCACCGGUGGCGAGGGCACCAUUUCGCUUCUAGUGACAUACAAGCCGUUCGUUACCAUCCCUCCACCCAUCGACCGCGUCUGGGAGCGGUCUGACCACCACGCCCUGGGUCAAACACCGGCCUUCCUAUUCGUGGAUGUACGACGCAUUGAAAAGAUUGAGAAGCCCAAAGCUGUUGAGUUUGCCGUGUUGCAUCGCACGACCGCUCAUGGUGCAGACGGGACUCGCUCGCGCGAGUAUGUCAAAAUGGGCGAGUCUUGGGCCGUCGUGCCCUGGGAGCGCAUGUGCAUCUUUGAACAAGGCUAUGCUUUUCCUUUGCGAAAUGCCGAUGACGGACACGUUCGCAUUGAGUUCAACAACAAGCUCGGAUCGGUUGACCUUGACGGCCUGAAGUUAGCCUAUGAUGCUGGUUACUACGGCACCCUCAAGGAAUUUAAAUUGGCUGAUGGCGAGAUUUUGUACGUUCACCUGACCGUUCGCGUCAUCGACAGCGAAACGGAGAUGGCCAGUGAUGACCACGUGGGACCGAUGCCUACCAUUCAGCGCCACACCACGGGCAUGUGGGGCAUGCGUAACCGCAAGAAAACCGGUGGUCAUCGCGACAGCGCCAGCCAGAUGGAAGCAAUGGCAACACAGCCCGAGCUUCCUUCGUCGCCACGUCCACCUUCCCAGUCAAACUUAGAACCAGAGGAGCUCGUGAAGGCCUCAGUGGCUGAAUUGACCAAACAGACCACUCAAGAAGCGGAAAACGCUGCAGUGGACGUGGUUGCCAGCUACCAUCGCAUCAUUGCCGACCUCAAGAAGAACCUGCCUUCAGCCAUCGUCGAUGCCGGCGUCAUCAUUGUGACGCUGCUGGCCUUCAUGCUCCUGACGUACCUCCCAUUACCCUGGUCUGUGGAACUCUUGCUCUUUUUGCUGACGUGUGGCUUCAUCUACUUUAACAGCAGUACCAAGGCACAAGCCAAGGCACAGCGCAUGGCCGCUCUUCAGUCAGAUGGCGUCGACCUUUCACGUUGCUCUACAGUUGAGUUGGGCCGUUUGGCCGAAUUGGCCCCCGCCUGGGCCGUUGUGCCAGAUUACGAAAAGACGGAGUGGCUUAACGAGGUGAUCAGCAUCAUCUGGCCGCGUGUGAACCAGGCAGUUGGUGCCAUGGUGCAAGAAACGCUCCGUGAUAUGAAAAACAAGCGCCAGAGCCCCUUUGACAUACUCGAGGACCUUACUGUCAACCUGAGCUUGGGCCAUCAUGGCCCACUGAUUAACGGCAUCCACGUCUACAACUCAGACCUCACAUCAGAAUCGGUGAUGCUUGACAUUGAUCUGUCAUUGGCUGGUGACAUUUUUGUCGAAGUUGAGGCCACCUACAAAAAGUUCAAGGUGCCCGUCGAGCUCUCAGAUCUGGUGCUCGACACAACUUUGCGGGUGAUUUUGAAGAAUUUUGUGGAUGUCUAUCCCUGUUUCAACACGGUCGACAUCUCCUUGACUCGUCCCCUCAACCUUGAUUUCCAGCUCUCGGUUUUGGAUGUUCCCAUCAUGAGCUUGCCAUUGCUAUCAAAUGCCCUCUCCUUUGGUCUCAACUCGAUCAUUUUGCGCCAACUGGAGGGAGCUCAAUUGAUCUGGCCCCACGUCAUGUCCGUGGAUCUAGCUGACGUACAACCUGCAGCACCAAAAGGCGUUGGCAUUCUACGUGUUUGGGUCAAGCAGGCCAAACACUUGCGCAACGUCGAUUGGUCGUUGUUGGGCAAAAACAAGAGCGACCCUUACGUCACCUUGACUCUCUACGAAGACGAAGCCAUCAAAUUGCGCACCCGGGUGAUCGAUGAUGACCUCAACCCGGUGUGGAACGAAUACUUUGAGUUUGUGAUGCUCUCCAAUUCGCGGCCUUUCCGCAUGAUGGUCAAGGACGACGAUCGCGUUGGCAAGAAUGUUGAACUGGGUCGAGCGGAGCUCAUGACCAAUGAUCUUCAAUUUGCACCUGACACGCGCAUCAGCCGCACCUUUGAUUUUACUCACAAAGGAAAAUCUGCCGGGCACCUCGACGCGAUCUUUGAAUACAAACCCUUCACAUCCACAAUCGACAGCGAGUACUUUGAUCACGAUUUUGAAGACAAGGCUCUUGGUGUCGUUUUUGUCGACAUCAUUCGUGGUCGUAACAUGCCUCCUGCUGGCAGUGCCGUCCGCGCCUCCAUCGGCAACUCUUCUCAGGGCAUGGAUUUCGUGCAAGGCCGAAGCCCAGCCUACAAGAAGCGAUUCACCUUCUUGAUUCGCAGCUUCAUGUCCGAAAAGCUGUCGCUGGAGAUACUCACCCACAACAAGCUGCGACACGAAAGCAGCUUGGGCAAGAUUGUGGUCGACCUGUCGGAUGUUGCCAAAUCAUCUGGUGUCCUUCUGACGCAAAAGCUCAAACGUGGCCAAACGAUCCAGUUUCGUGUCGCUCUGCGCACCGUCAAGCCGGAUACGGACAAACCUGAAGUGAUCUCAUGGGAGUCCUACAUGAAGAAACGUGAGAAGGAGCAAGAGGCAGAGCUCAAGCGCAUUGACGCCGAGGCCAAAGAAGCUGCUGAGACACUUGAUACAGCUGGGCCUGAGGCAGUGACACAAGCUGUUGCCACAGACAUUAACCGAGCCUAUAUUGUGGAUCGCCCGCCAGAGCGGCCAGGGCACGCCAUUGUCGUGGUUCAAAAGGCCAUCAAUUUGCAUGGCGUCAAUGCUAACGGCUUUUCAGAUCCCUAUGUCAGCAUUUCAUGUGAAGGAAAAAAGCAUCGUACCAAACACAUUUCGCGAACCAUUAAUCCCGUAUGGGAGGAGCGCUUGACGAUCGCUGUAGCCGAUCCCGAGACGGCGGUCCUUGAGAUUCAGGUCAAAGACCAUGAGGGUUUUAUGCGAGCCAACAAGCAUCUUGGGCGUGCCGAAAUUCCCAUCAAGUCUAUCAAGCUCCAGGAGGAACCUCGUGUGGUUGACCUGGAAGAUGGCCGGGGCCAGCUAUUUCUCGCCCUGCUUUAUUCUGAGGCCUCUCAGGAGGAGCUUGAUAAGCGCAAGAAGAGCAAGAAGCGCCAGUCAACGCUUCAGCUGCAGCCACCCGAGUCACCCGAGCAUACCCUCCCUGAGCAGGAGUCGAUGAUCUGAGCCGCCUGGGUUGCCACCCAAUGAUACAGUGUUUGUCUUUUCCGGUCUUGCCUUUUAUCCAAUGACCCUCACAUGUCUGUCUCGCGUCAUCUCAAACAAUUUAUUCACCACAUC